AUGGCCGAAUCUAUCGCUGCGGGGAAGUACAUUUUCGAGCGUGUUGCACAGUUGGGGAUUCGCCAUGUGUUUGGAGUUCCUGGAGAUUUCAACUUGUUCCUGCUCGAUGAGCUGCUCAAAGUCCCCCAGCUUACAUGGCAAGGCACAUGCAACGAACUGAAUGCAGCCUAUGCGGCCGACGGGUUUGCGCGUGUCCGCGACUUGCCAGGAUGUCUGGUGACUACGUACGGUGUCGGAGAGCUCUCUGCCAUGAAUGGCGUGGCCGGCGCGUAUGCAGAACAUACGGGCAUGAUUCACAUUGUUGGAAUGACUUCCCGACCCCAGCAAAAUGCAAAGAUCAUGAUUCAUCAUACUUUCAAAGCCAACCAGGAUCACCUAAUAUACACGCAAAUGGGCCAGCCGAUCAACAAGACGCAAGCCAUCCUGCUAGACGACGCAACCAUGGCCGAAGAGAUCGACCGCGUCAUCAUCGAGGCCGUCAAGACCAGACUUCCCGUCACCAUUUACGUGCCCAUGGACUCUGUCUCGGUACUGUUGGAUGCAAAGCGUCUGCAAGUUCCGCUAGAUCUUGAGAUUAAGAAUAGCCCUCAGGUUGAGGACAAGGUCGUGGCACGCGUUCUCGAGGAGAUUGAGAAGGCUUCCAACCCAGCUAUUCUGGCUGAUGUUUUGGCGAUUCGCCACAAUGCACAGGCCGAAACGAGGCGACUGGCUGAGUUGACGCGUUUCCCGAGUUAUUCAACGCCUUUGUCCAAGGGAAUCAUUCAUGAGGAUAGUGAAUACUACAAUGGUCUUUACAAUGGACAAGUCUCGUUCCCCGAAACCCAAGCCGCAAUCGAAGCAUCAGACCUGGUUUUGAAUAUCGGCCCACUCCUUUCCGAUUCCAACACUGGCGGUUUCACGAGAAAUCUACUGGACGAGAAUCUCGUAAUGCUGGGGCAUGAUCACUGCGCCGUGAAGCAAGAGCGAUUUGAAGGAGUGCAUUUCCUGCCUGUUCUCAAACGCAUCGUUCAGGAAUUGGAAACCAAAGCCUCUCAAUACAAGCUUCCACGGCCACAAAAGGGGCCGCGAAUCGAGGCACCUCUCUUGAACGAUUCAAAGUCAGGCCCCAUCACGCAGUCCUAUAUAUGGCAACGGAUCGGCAGGUUCACGCGCCCUGGAGAUGUCGUGCUCGCCGAAGCAGGCACAGCCCAGUAUGGUGUCCCAGAUGCAGUAUUUUCCAAAGACGUGAGCUUCAUCACGCAGAUUUAUUGGUCGUCCAUUGGCUUCACCGUGGGAGCAUGUCUCGGGGCUCUGACCGCCGCGCGAGAAAUUGAAGGCGCACAAAAGAAACGAGUGCUUCUUCUCGUCGGCGAGGGCUCGUUGCAAAUGACAGUUCAGGAAAUCGGAACCUAUAUUCGGUAUGGAUACACGCCACUCAUCUUCGUAAUCAAUAACAACGGAUACUCGAUUGAGCGUGCCAUCCACGGACCAAACCAACUAUACAACGACGUAAGCAUGCUGUGGGAUCAUCAAAAGAUGUUGGAAUUCUUUGGCGCCCGCGAGGAGACUGGCAAAAAAAGCCGGAGCUUUACGUGCAAGACUGUCGAGGACAUGGAGAAGGUUCUGUCGGAUCAAGAGUUUAUCGAAGCCAAUCACAUCCAACUAUGCGAGGUGUUUAUGGAUCAGUUCGACUACCCUUGGCGCCUCAGUGGCCAGCUUGACGUGGCGCGCAAGAGGGCAGCUGCAGCAGCGCAAGCAAAAUAG